ACGACGAGAGACGGCCGAGUGCGAGACGCCUGAAGUUAACGAAAUUUGUGUAAAUUUCACAUUUUUGUUUGACGUUUGAGAAAUUUCAACCCACUCUAGAGGUACAAAUCCUCAUCCAGAUAAUACUUGUGAAAUAUUGAGGCCAAACAUUUCGCGACAGCAGAGUUUCGAGUUUUCCUUCACAGAAUAAGACUGCUACACAUUGUCACUAUCAUGACUAUGUCAGCUAUCACGAAGAUCGUGACAAGAACAGUCAAUGUUACUGUAAGAGACACGCUGACUCUAUGUACAUCCAUCACACGUGGCCAAGGUUUCCCAUGCAUCCCCCUUUAUGCUUGCCAUGGCAGAUUACUGGGCCAUCUUUCUCCCAGCCUAAACAGAACAGUUGGUGCGUUCCAGUGUCAUGCUCACUGUAAGAUAAGCUGGUCGGUAACGGGUACAGCUGUGCAUCUGCCAUGGGUAAGAGCAGCAUUGGCAUGGUUCCCUAAGUCGUCAUACCAAACAACUCAUGGUGUGUAUCGAAAGCACAAGAAAACGAAGGAGCACCGGACUACUGAAAGUUUAGGGUCAGAUAUAAGAACUAUUGAAGAUGACAUGGAUGAUGAUACAUCAGAAUGGGAUGCGAUCCUCUUGCAAGAGGAGCAUAUCUCAGAGGACCUUGACCCGCCUCCUGUGGGAGGCCAUCGCUUCCUUGUACUCCAGCCUGACCUUAAAAUCAAAGGUUCCAAACAUGGACAGGUUUCGAACCCCCAGCUGCAACUGGAGGAGUCCAUGGCCUUGAUUGAGACCAUUCCGGACUGGACGGUAGUUGAGGGAUUGGUGCAAGGGGUCAAGGAGCCAGCUAAGAAGUCAGUCUUUGGCAAGGGAACUCAUGCCAAGUUGACGGAGAUGAUCCAAUCCAGUCCUGAGAUUACAGCUGUCUUCGUGAGUGUGGAGAAGUUGAGUGCAUUACAACAAAAGGAGUUGGAGGAAGCAUGGGGGGUGCAGGUGUACGACAGAUAUGGUGUAGUACUUAAGAUCUUCAAGGAUCAUGCGAGGACUAGAGAGGCCAAGAUGCAGAUUGCCCUCGCUGAGAUCCCAUACCUCAGGUCCCGUCUCCGCAACGAAUCCAGCAGCAUGGAUCAGCAAAGGGGCGGGCACUCCUUCAUCAGUGGGGGAGGAGAAACCUACUUGACUGUCAGGCAGCGAGUCCUGAAAGAACGGGAACAGAAGGUACGCAAAGCCUUGGAUCAACUCAAGAAGAAACAAACUUUACUACGCAGUGGCAGGACCAAGAAGAACUUUCCAGUGGUGUCAGUGGUGGGAUACACAAAUGCAGGAAAAACCACUCUCAUUAAGGCACUGAGUGGAGAUGCUACCAUGCAACCCAAAGACCAGCUAUUUGCAACGUUGGAUGUGACUGCACAUGCCGCUACACUGCCCAACAGAAUGCCCGUCAUUUAUAUGGACACUGUUGGCUUCAUAUCAGCCUUGCCUCAUAAUCUGGUUGCUUCUUUUGCUGCUACUCUAGAAGAUGUUUUGCUCUCGGAUGUGAUUGUACAUGUUCGGGAUAUCAGCCACCCAGACACAGUAUCACAGAAGCUUAACGUCCUUCAAGUGUUGACAGAACUUGGUGUGUCCGAUUCACUCAUUGAUAACAUGGUGGAAGUCUGCAACAAGGCAGAUAAACUCCAAGAGCCUAUGGGAAGUGAACAUGAAGCAUGUGGAAUUUUGGUGUCUGCUGACAAGGGUGAUGGUUUGGAUAAACUCAAGGACUGUAUUCAGGACAAGUUACUAGAGGUAACUGAUAUCAUACCCUGCCAGCUGGAGAUACCAAUGAGUGGUCCUCAUCUUAGCUGGUUGUACAAAGAAGCCACAGUGACAUCUACCGAGGCUGUUGAGACUGACCAUGAUGCCCACACCAUGAUAGUCAAUGCUAUCAUGAAUGCUGCAACAUUUGCCAAGUUCCGGGGAAAGUUUGGCGAUCUGCGCAAACCAGCUAAGAGCAAUUUGUCUUCAUUUUGAAAAUUCCAGUGGAUUUUCCUGUCGUCAAAUUCUGCAAGAAACCCUGUUCAGUAAACUCCGGCCAAGUCGACAUCGUACAACUCGCCAAAUCGCUCAAGGUGGCUGUCUAACGAAAGUCCCGAUCGUCUCUAAUGCAUUUCCAUUGAAAUUUUUAUUUUUAAGUUGGCUUUUGUAAGUCACCAUUUGGCUAAAUUUGGUGUGUUACUCGCGGUCCCCUUUCCACAAAAAGCACAACAAAAUCCUUUGUUUAACUUGCCAUUUAAAAAAAUCAAACAUUGGCAUGGACUUCUUGCACUGCGAUCGGCAACAUGUUCCACAGUGUGCGCAAUCAAAAAGGGGUUUCUCCAAUACUGCAUCUAUCGUGAGCACAUCAAUUCCAUGUACCCCUCUAGUCCUGCACGCAUGUGCUAGGUCUAUUUUGGGCGUCGUCUUAUUGAACGAUGCAGUCAAUGUGCGUAUUCAAUUUGCAAUAUGUUGUACACGUACGUUUCGUUUAUGGACAGUACGUUCAAUACUCUGCGCGUAUAAAUGUACACAUACAUGGUCUCCAGUACAUGGAAUGCUACGAAAUACCCCAGCCUGUGAUGAUAAAAAUCAAGUAUUAAUUUGUUGGAAUCAACUCAAGCCAUAAGGAGAUAAACCAAGGUAAAUCGAAGCCAAACGUAUUGCAACAAAUCAUGUGCAUAGGCCUUGCAUGUAAGUUGGCAAAAUGACAACUUUAAAUACAGCAGGUGGUGGCAAUCGUGUACGUUGUCACAAAUGUGCAGGUCCCAAGAGUGCCGACUUGGCCAGGCUUAACUGUAUUAUUUAGAUAUAAAAUGUACUUUUUGUCUGGGCUCCCAAAAUUUUCACUGACCUGUCCAAGAAAAAAAAUUCCAGGCAUAUUCAGAGCGAGUUUCCUCAUAAGCCCACUCAGUACCUUACAGUAUUGACAUGUAUUCAUUCAUGUACAUGUACUUACCAAUUAUUGCAUCUUCGUGUGAGAUUAAGCUUUCUAAACCAAGUUAUAUAUUUUUGUAACACCUGAUUCAUCUGUGAUUAAAUCAAUACGAUCAAAUCAAAUAAAGACUGAAUUGUUGCUGAUUUUGGA